AUGUUACUGCUCGCAGUAGUAUUAACUGCUCUAUUAACAGAGGCAGAGAACCCUGUUUGCAGGCUACAAGGCAGACCAGAAUUGCCUCUGUUUUCAAAGGAUGGAGACAUUAUAAUCGGGGGAAUCUUUUCAUUUCAUGAUAACCUUGUAAAUGCCAAACCUGAAUUCAAUGCCAUGCCUCCACUACUAAAAUGCAAGGAUUUAAAUUUUAGAGAAUUUCAAUUUGCUCAGACUAUGAUAUUUGCCAUUGAAGAAAUAAAUAACAGCUCAGAGCUACUUCCUGGUGUUUCUCUGGGCUACAAGUUAUACGACGAUUGUAGUUCCAUUCCAUUGGCAAUACGAGCAGCACUGGCUCUAGUGAAUGGACAGGAAGAAGGAACGGAUCUCAACUCCUGCGCCAAACAAUCUACUGUUCCUGCUUUUAUAGGACAAUCUGGGUCAUCACCAAGCAUAGGAGUCGCAACAACUCUUAGACCUUUUCAAAUCCCAAUGAUAAGUUAUUUUGCAACCUGUGCAUGCCUUAGCAACAAAAAGGAGUUCCCUUCAUUUUUCAGAACCAUACCAAGUGAUUAUUAUCAAAGCAGAGCCCUGGCACAGCUUGUGAAGCAUUUUGGAUGGACUUGGGUUGGGACAAUAAGAAGUGACAAUGAUUACGGCAACACAGGAAUGGCUACCUUUGUGCAAGCUGCCAAAGAACAGGGGGUUUGCAUUGAAUAUUCAGAAGCUAUUUACAGAGCUAAUCCGAGAGAGACAUUUCUUAAAACUGUGAACACUAUAAAAGAAUCUUCUUCAAAGGUUAUUGUGGCUUUCACUUCUUUUAUAGAUACAUAUUUUCUAUUAAAAGAACUGUUGCUUCAGAAUGUCACUGGCUUGCAGUGGAUAGGCAGUGAAGCUUGGAUUUCUGAGGAAACUCUAGCAACAGAAACAAGUUACAGAGUGCUUGGUGGGGCAAUUGGAUUUGCUAUCAGUAAUGCACAAAUAACAGGAUUGAAAGAAUUUUUACAGCAUGUUCGUCCAUCUUACACACCAGGGAACAUGGGUUUGAACACGUUUUGGGAAACAGUUUUCAGUUGUACAUUGACUACUCAAGAAAAUACUUCAAACAUUAAUCCAUGCACAGGAUCUGAGAAUUUUGGAGAAAUAAACAACCAGUACACUGAUGUAUCUGAGCUGAGAAUUACCAAUAAUGUUUAUAAAGCAAUGUAUGCUGUAGCCCAUUCACUACACAAUCUGAUUACAUGCAAAAAUGGACCUUUUGCUGAUAUGACAUGUACAAACCAUAUGAAGAUUGAACCAUGGCAGGUAUUACAUUAUCUGAAAACAGUUCAUUUCACUACCAGGAAUGGAGAGAGUGUUUAUUUUGAUAAGAAUGGGGAUAUAACAGCAAGAUAUGAAUUAGUAAACUGGCAGCUGAAUAAAAAGGGCAAAACACAAUUUGUAACAGUUGGUCUCUAUGAUGCAUCUUUAGCAGAAGGGCGUCAAUUUAUAAUGAAUAACAUCUCCAUUGUUUGGACAGGUGAUCAAGAUAAGGUGCCAAAAUCAGUGUGCAGUGAGAGCUGUUCUCCAGGCACUCGGAAGGCUGUUCAGAAAGGAAAGCCUGUUUGUUGCUUUGACUGCAUACCAUGUGCUGAAGGAGAAAUCAGCAAUCAGACAGAUUCCAUUGAUUGUGUGAAGUGCCCUUUGGAAUACAGGUCGAAUGAGCAAAGAGAUACAUGUAUCUUAAAGGACACUGAAUUCCUUUCAUUUGGAGAACUCAUGGGAAUAUUGUUAGUGAUAUUCUCAUUGACUGGAGCCUGUUUAACCACUGCUAUAGCUAUUGUUUUCUUUCGUUACAGAGAUACCCCCAUGGUUAAAGCUAAUAACUCUGAGCUCAGUUUCCUUCUACUGUUUUCAUUAGCACUGUGUUUCCUUUGUGCACUUACUUUCAUUGGCCAGCCCUCUGAGUGGUCCUGUAUGUUGCGCCACACUGCCUUUGGGAUCACAUUUGUCCUGUGCCUCUCUUGUGUUCUGGGGAAAACAAUAGUUGUGUUAAUGGUGUUUAGGUCUACACUUCCUGGUAAUAAUACGAUGAAAUGGUUUGGACCCGCCCAGCAGCGGUUAAGUGUUUUUGCAUUCACAUUCAUUCAGGCUUUAAUAUGCACUCUUUGGCUGGCUAUAUCCCCUCCUUUACCUCAUAAAAACAUGAGAUCCUACAAAGACAGAAUCAUUCUAGAAUGUGACCUGGGAUCUGCAGCAGCAUUUUAUGCUGUGUUAGGGUAUAUUGGGUUUCUUGCUGCCAUGUGCUUUGUGCUCGCUUUUCUGGCUCGUAAGCUUCCAGAUAACUUUAAUGAAGCUAAAUACAUUACAUUUAGCAUGCUCAUAUUCUGUGCUGUCUGGAUCACUUUCAUCCCAGCUUACAUCAGUUCACCUGGGAAGUACACAGUUGCCGUAGAAAUAUUUGCAAUUUUAUCUUCUAGUUUUGGUUUGCUCGUCUGUAUUUUUGCUCCUAAAUGUUACAUUAUAAUACUGAAACCUGAGAAGAAUACAAAAAAACAUUUGAUGGGAAAAGUGCCCCCAAAAUCACUUUGA